AUAUAUUUUAAAAAUAUUCUUCCCAAAUAUAUUGACAUAUAUUUGAAAUACUACAAUUUUGGCCGUAUUCAAUGUAUAUUUAUUUAUUUCAGGUACUUGUAUAGCAUUAGCGCCGUCAAUUUACACAGCACCAGGGGCGGACUGACCAUUUGGAAACUUGGGCACUGCCCGAGGUCAGUAGGGGGCCCCAUGAGAUGCCCCUGGUACCUUUUUCAUAGGCUUUUUUGAGUUUGGGCAAGGACACAGGGGCCCUAUGAUCCCCUAUUGCCCGGGGGCCCCAUGAGUUAUCAUUCCGCCCCUGCUACCCUGUAAAAGGGAAGAUGUCUGUACUUUUCUAUUCUGAAGUCUCUCUGGUGCGAACCCAAGGCCGGGCUGCCUCAGUGUGGAGGAGGGACAACUGACAAUG